AUGUCUCGUCCACAAGUUACUGUUCACGCUCUAACCGGUGAAGCAACUUCUGCUGCUCUACCUCUACCAGCUGUCUUCUCUGCUCCAAUCCGUCCAGAUAUUGUUCACUCUGUUUUCAAGUCUGUCAACAAGAACAAGAGACAAGCUUACGCCGUCUCCGAAAUGGCUGGUCACCAAACCUCUGCUGAAUCCUGGGGUACUGGUCGUGCUGUUGCCCGUAUUCCAAGAGUUGGUGGUGGUGGUACCUCCAGAUCCGGUCAAGGUGCUUUCGGUAACAUGUGUCGUGGUGGUCGUAUGUUUGCUCCAACUAAGACCUGGAGAAGAUGGAACAUCAAGGUUAACCAAAACGAAAAGCGUUACGCUACCGCUUCCGCUAUCGCUGCCUCUGCCGUUGCUUCUCUUGUCCUAGCUAGAGGUCACAGAGUCGAAAAGAUUCCAGAAAUUCCAUUGGUUGUCUCCAAGGAUCUAGAAUCUAUUCAAAAGACCAAGGAUGCCAUUGCUGCUCUAAAGGCUGUCGGUGCUUCUUCUGAUCUACUAAAGGUUCUAAAGUCUAAGAAGCUAAGAGCUGGUAAGGGUAAGUACAGAUCCAGAAGAUGGACUCAAAGAAAGGGUCCAUUAGUUGUCUACGCUGAAGACAACGGUAUUGUCAAGGCUUUGAGAAACGUCCCAGGUGUUGAAACUGCUAACGUCACUGCUUUGAACCUACUACAAUUGGCUCCAGGUGCUCAUCUAGGUAGAUUCGUUAUCUGGACCGAAGGUGCUUUCGCUAAGCUAGACCAAGUCUGGGGUUCUGAAACCGUUGCCUCUUCCAAGGUCGGUUACUCUCUACCAUCUAACAUCAUCUCCACCUCCGAUGUUACCAGAAUCAUUAACUCUGCUGAAAUCCAAUCUGUUGUUAGACCAGCCGGUCAACCAACUCAAAAGCGUGCUCACGUUCAAAAGAAGAACCCAUUGAAGAACAAGCAAGUUCUACUAAGAAUGAACCCAUACGCCAAGGUUUUCGCUGCUGAAAAGCUAGGUUCCAAGAAGGCUGAAAAGUCUGCUUCUAAGCCAGCUGCUGUCUUCACUGAAACUUUGAAGCACGAUUAA